CUCCGGCCGGGCGAGCAUGGACGGUCGGGUUCUCGAGCAUCCUCACGCCCAGUUCGGCGGCUCCCUGGGCGGACUGGUGGGCUUCCCGUAUCCGCUCGGUGCACAUCACCACCACCACCACCACCACCAGCACGUCUACGAGCUGGCGAACGGACACCACCAGGCCGCCGUGCCCUUCUCCAUAGACGGAUUACUGAACGGCUCGUGCGCGGCCUCGGUGGUCACCUCGGAGAACCAGCAGUUCAAACUCUCAGAUUCUGGAGACCCGGAUAAGGACAGUCCCGGCUGCAAACGGAGACGGACGCGCACGAACUUCACGGGCUGGCAGCUGGAGGAGCUGGAGAAGGCUUUCAACGAGAGCCACUACCCAGAUGUGUUCAUGCGGGAGGCGCUCGCGCUCAGACUGGACCUGGUGGAGUCCAGGGUUCAGGUGUGGUUCCAGAACAGACGAGCUAAAUGGAGGAAGAAGGAAAACACAAAGAAAGGGCCGGGGCGGCCUGCUCACAACUCCCACCCGACCACGUGCAGCGGCGAGCCCAUGGACCCCGAGGAGAUCGCACGAAGGGAGCGCGAGCGGGCGGAGAAGAAGAAGCGAAAGCAGGAGAGGAAGCUGAUGAAGGCGCAAAGCAAACUUCUCACGGGCGAAAGUUUCCACACGCCCGGAGGCUCGGAGAGCGACAGCGGGGUGUCGCAGUUCACCGACAGCGAGCAGCAGCCGUCGACCCUCGGCGGGAGCAUCGGAGGACACCAAACUGAUUCCAGCUGCGACCAAACGCGGCACGACUUCAGUCAGCUCCAAAACCACCCAAACCAAAGAACCGUGGGAGAAGCAGAGCAGGUUUCUCCAGGCAGCACGCACAGCUCCAGCCCUGGAGGUCCCAGGUCGUCGGCCCUGCAGAAACGGAACCCUUUCAGCGUGGAGAGCCUGCUGUCCGACAACAUGCCGCGACGGAAAUCUUCUCUGGACUAUUCCUCGCUGCCUAAUCAGAGGACUCUGGUGGGUAAAGGCCACUUCCUGCUUUACCCCAUCACCCAUCAGCCUUUGGGCUUUCUAGUGCCCCAAACCGCCCUGAAGGCCAUACCGUGUCAGGACAACAGCAGACUGCAGAGUCCAGGUGAAAGAAGCCCGACGACCUCUGACCUCUCCAGCUUCGGCAGCAACUGUUUGAACUCGAACCACACGCAGCAUCACAACAAUCACAUGAGCAGAACAGAAGGAAGUGACGUGGAGGAAGGAGGUGGGGACUGCAGGGACGGAACGCUCCCUGGCUCUCCUCCACCGAACACUGUGGCAGCCUCGAGCACGCCGUGCAGCGAGGCGAGCGACGAGAGGCCUCAGAAAGUUCAGACGGAGGCAGGAGCCCAUGGCUGCCAAGCUGCCGAGCAGCGCGCAAAAGCAAAGGAUGCAAGAGAAGAGCGAGCUUCUCCAGUCGUCUCCAUGUGUCUGCAGGCAAACACAGAGUGCCGAGAAACACCCGGAACAGACGGAGAGGACGUGGACAUGGACUAACACUUUCGAGGAGCAAAUAUAAAAACAAAUACCAGGAACAGCAGAAACAUUCCCAAAGCUCAGACACUCGAAAACAUAUCAGGAAUCAGGAGACUUGAUCCUCAUCUAUUUUUUAAAUCACGAACAAUCAAAGCUGUGCCCGCCCCCUUUUCCUUUCCUUUUUUCAGGCUUUCUUUUUACCCUUUUAAUAACAGGUUUCUC